AUGCAACGUCCACGAUCAGGUCUGAUCCAGCGAGAGUCCGACGGUGUCUACUUCCGCUUCUCAACAGGCAACAAUAUCUCAUGCAUCUUCCUCAUCCAUCGAAGGACCAUGGGAAGCCCCAGACGUCCAGCUCAUCAAUGGCGUCUACCCGUCUACUACUCUGUCUCGGUCUUCGGAUCCCAGAACUCGGCCAUCGGCCUCGCCACGUCUGAUACCAUGGAUGCGGGCACAUGGACGGAGCAUGGCGCCACAGGUAUUCGAUCUGACUCGUCUAAGUCCUAUAAUGCCAUUGAUGCAAAUCUCUUCAACGAUGGAGUAUUUUACUUGAAUUUUGGCUCCUUCUGGACUGACAUCUACCAGGUGGAGAUGGACUCCACCGCUAUGAAGGUGUCGUCCUCGGCAUAUAAUAUCGUAUAUGAUCCUAAUGGAGACCACGCCGUUGAGGGGUGCGUUUCUGUAUAA